AUGAAAGUACAAGGUCUUUUAUUGUUCGUCAUUGUUCUUGUUGCCAGUGCGCAGUCAUCUGGGUUUUGGACACCAACGCUGUACAAAGUCCAAGAGAGAAUUGGAGAGUUGUCAGUUAGAAUUGAAGAGGUUGAAGACGCUGAGCGACAUAUUGAAGAUCAAAUUGACAUUGCCAUCAGAGACUUGAAGCACUCGGUCACUAAGAAGCAAAAAUACAUCAUUGGCCGCAGACUCUCCCAUCUCAGAUCGAAGCUUGUCGUCCUUAAUACUCAGAAGCUCGCCAUCUUGAGAGGACUCAGAAGAGUCGUCAAACGCAUACCACUCAAGUACAGAAAAUUGAUGAUUAGAAAACUCAAACUCGAGAAGAGAUUUAACCAAAUCCGAGAAGUUUCGAAGGACGCCACGGCCUUGUUACAGCCAAAGUAUGUCGUUCAUCAUAAGGCGUCCACCAAAAGAACCCUCAAAAACCUUGGUCACGGGUUGGCUGAUAAGGUCAAGACCAUUGGUAAGAAGUAA